UAGUCUUAAGCCUUUUUCAAUGGCACCAAUCAAUCAUUCCACUGUGGGUCAUUGAUGUUCUGGGAUGUCAUUUCCUUGGCACAGAAUCGGUUUUUAUGGAAGGAAGAUCUCUAACUCCACAGAGAUAGUUAGAAGACAAAAUAGAAGAACAUGUGCCAUUUGCCCCCCCCCCACAUCUGUGAUAGAUUCUUGAUAAUGCAGGAUAAUGCCAGACCCCCAUAGGGCAUAGAGCACAUAUGUGGAUGACUAUCACAAUUAGGUUGGACUUGAGUGCUUGGGGUGGCCAGCUCGAAGUCCAGAACUACAUUUUUGAACACAUUUGUGAUCAACUUAAGCGACUUAACCAGGUCCUAACACUCUAGAAAAAUUAACAACAACCCGAGUUAGUAGCGAUAAUGAAUGCAAACGGUUAAAUAUCGCCUUGAGGAAAACGAAAUGCUUCCUCAGAAAAGGUACUACAGGCAGCGGGCUCAUUCGAACCCCAUAGCCGACCACAGUUUCGACUACCCGGUCAGGCCUGAAGAUAUGGACUGGUCCCGCCUUUAUUCCAAAUCCGGCGAAAGGGAAAUAAAGGUGGAUUUCGCUGAUAUCGGCUGCGGUUACGGCGGCCUCCUGGUCACCCUCUCCCCGAUGUUCCCGGACGCUUACAUCCUGGGCAUAGAAAUCCGGGUCAAGGUGUCAGAUUAUGUCAUGGACAGGAUCAGGGCUCUGAGGGAGCAGAACCCCGGCUCGUAUGGCAACAUCGGCUGCAUACGGUCCAACGCGAUGAAGUACCUGCCAAACUAUUUCCGAAAAGGACAACUUAAAAAGAUGUUCUUUCUCUAUCCGGACCCUCAUUUCAAAAAGGCGAAGCACAAGUGGAGGAUUAUCAGCCCGACCCUUCUUGCGGAGUAUGCGUAUGUACUUGCAGACGGUGGGAUCGUCUACACUGUCACGGAUGUCGAAGAUCUACACCACUGGAUGGUGAAGCAUUUCGUCGAACACCCUCUAUUCCGAAGGAUGGACGAUGUAGAACUCGAGUCGGACCGAGUCGUUGCCGCUCUUCUCGAUAGCACUGAAGAAGGGAAAAAAGUCUCUCGGAACAAAGGACAAAAAUUUUUAGCUGUUUUUGUUAAAAUAAAAGACACUUGCGAUUUAAAAAAGAAUUACUGUGAUAAUUAAGUUUUAUUUAUAAGUACACAGCUAUUUUCAGACUUUUAUGCAUUGAAACAUUUCAUUUACUUUUAACAAAAUAUAUUAUUAUUACUGUGUGGUAAUUUUAUAUAAUA